AUGGGCUCCCUAUGGGGGCUGGCCCUGCCCCUUUUCUUCUGCUGCUGGGAGGCUGGAGUCCCUGGGUGCUCUGCAGCUGGCACAACUUCAGAGGCAGAGACAAAGGACAUCAACACCAUAUCCCCUGCAACAGAGGCGAAGGCCCUAAUAAAAAGCAUACCUUACAAGUUCAUGGUUGGGACCACCAAGCCUGUGGAGAGAAUAGUCACAAGUGGCAGCACCCCAGUAACAGAAAUGACCACAGUUGAGACUGUCAUGGGCAGUGAUCUCACAGAAAUAAUCUUUGACACCCUUUGUGCUGAUGACAGCUCAGAAGAGGUAAAAGUGAUCACGGUUGACAUCUCAACAUUGGCUCACACCUCCACAGAAGCUGAAGCCUUGACUUUGGAGAGUAGUGCCUCCUCCGACAUCUCCUUUCCAGCCAUCAUCACUUCACCAGCCCCAGAACCUGAGAUCAGUGCUCCAGCUAAAGCCUGGGUUGCCUACACCAUCACUGAUGUCGAGGUUACUAAUUGCAGUGUAAUAGAAAUAGAAACCACUGCCAUCAUCCCUGGGCUGUCAGACACAAAUCACAGCCCCACAAAAGGAGUAGAGGCUCUGUUGACCCCUGAGAUAUCAGCUUUGUCUGAUCCCACUGAAGCAAAAUCACGCAUCACUCAGACUACAACCUUGGUUAAGACCCUGUGGGCAGCCAGCACCACAGAAUCAGUAACACCUAGUACCACAGCUGAGAACCCAUUAACCACAAAUAACACUACAGAAAAAGAAACAGCAGUUAAGGCCACUACCCCCCAUGGGACUUUGGCAACAGUUAGCACUCACUCCUUGGAAGAAAGCGCAGCCUUCUCUGUCGGGACAAUAAGCCACAUUGAGGCAUUAGAAGCAGUAACAAUCUCCACAGAAGUUGAGUCACCAAUGAGCAAAGCUACUACUCCUGCUAUAUUUGCAGCUACGGUCCAUAGCCCCUCAGAAGUAGCCACCAUUAAGAACUCUACACCUUCAGAAACUUUUUACACAGAUGGCACUAACAGUGGAACCUUCCCAAUCAGCAAGGGCCCUCUUCCUUCUGUCCAUCUGACUACAACCAACAUCAGCCAAGGAGCAAACAUCACCUUAGCUAAGACCACAACCUCAGCGAAGACCCUGAUGAUGGUCAGCAAAACCAGAGGAAAGCCUCCAACAGCCACAUCCACCACUUCUCAGAAAAGGCUGACCACAAAAGGUACUGCAGGUGGAGAUGGAGGCUUCCUCCUCCUGCGGCUGAGUGUGUCCUCCCCAGAAGACCUUACUGACCCUCGGGUGGCCCAGAGACUGAUGCAGCAGCUCUGCCGUGAACUACAUGCUCACAUGCUUCCCAUCCAAGUCUCCUUGCUGCACAUCAGAAGGAGCUAA